AUGGCAUCAGCCUUGAGCCGAAAGGUGAUGGACUGGAAGAUUGCAGGAUGGUCAGAGGACAAGAAGGCGCAAAUGAGCAUUGUCCACCGAACCAGACCACUGACGGCCAUCAGUCACAACAAGUUCAUCAUCCUAACCAAACCUGACGGAGGCAUGUCCGUGUGGACUGGCUCUACAAACCUCACUGCGGGAGCCAUCUUUGGGCACAGUAAUGUUGGGCACAUACUCACUGAGCCACAACUCUGCAAGAAGUACGUGGCAUAUUGGGAGAUGCUCGCUCAGGAUCCCGACAAGAAGGACCUGGCAAAGUUCAACGAAGACCUCUCUCCGCUUCCUAAGGAGAGUGGCUGGGCGGAGCUCGUCCUCUUCUCACCGCGGUUGCGCUGGGCCGAUGCGCUCUCCUUCGUUGCCCAGCUCAUCCUCAAAGCAAGGCAGAGUGUGGCCUUUACCGCAGCCUUUGGCAUCAGCCGGGAGAUUUCACCGGCGCUGCUUGCAGCCGGAUCAGAAGGGGCAGGUGCACCAGUGCCCACGUACCUGCUGCUGGAGAGCCAGGGCAAUUGGCAGGCAUCCAGAGAUGCAGUUCAAGCGCUACAGAGAAAGUCCAAUGUUCGAGUGGCUUUUGGAACGCAUAUGGAGGUUCCACCCAGCAAGCCUCAGACCGGUGCCUGGAUACCGGAGACGCUCACAGGGCUCAACGAGCACGUGCGCUACGUGCACACAAAGGUCCUGUUGAUCGACAUGUUCUCCGACGAGCCGAUUGUCGUCUCUGGCAGUGGGAACUUCUCAAGAGCUUCCAUGGAGUCGAACGACGAGAAUGUCGUGGUGGUGCGGGGCAACAAGAACCUGGCCGCUGCCUACUCCGUCGAGUUCUUCCGCAUCUUCGAGCACAUGCGCUUCCGGAACGAUGUGCAAGGAAUUGGCAAAAAGUCGGAGCCGGAACCGGCUGGAGACCCUCAGGAGGACUCGGUGAUGUGCCGAUGCGGCCAGGCAGUCGCGGAGCGCACCGUCAAGAAAUCAGGCCCCAAUGUCGGACGACGAUUCCGGUGCUGCGCCAACCCACAGCGCCUGUCCUGUGGCUUCUUUGCCUGGGUCCAGUCCGAAGAGGCCAAAGAAGAAGUAUCUGAAGAGGAGCCAUGGCCCAGGUGUUGCUACUCUGCAGACACCUUUGCCACGCUUGAGCGGCGGCUUUUCCAGGACUUGCUCACUGCUGCGAGCCCAGAGCCCGGCAGGCGCGAGGAGGCAGCACUCGACUCGCAGGAGAGCUGCGACAGUUUCGUCAGCGCCGAUGAUGGUAUGCUUGAACUUUGGGACCUCUGCGGAGUGAGUGAGAGUCCUGCAGAGUCGACCGUCAAGCAAGACCAGCCAGCUGGACCCAAUCUGGCAGAGAUUCGGGAUGCCGCGAACGAGAUGCUGAGUGUCAACGCAAGAGUGAAAGGUGGCAGCAAGCGCCUCCGUGCAAUGCGCGACCAUCUCGUCACAUGUGUCCGGUCCUUGCCAGAUGAUCUGCUCCGAGAACCGCUCUUGGAACGCCUGCAUGAGAUGAGCAGCAAGCUCUCCUCUCGAAGCCAGGAGUCCUGGCAGCCGCAGCUCAGGGAGGUUGUAGAGAUGCUGAGCUAG